AAAAAACAUAAAAUAACCUAAAAGAGAGACACAGGAUAGUAGAUACUAAAGCAGUAGAACGCCAUAGAGCAAAAAAAAAAUUCAAAUGGGUCAGGAGGAUCAGGAGGUGUUAAUAAGAGGCGGCAAGGCCACUAGCACAUCGGCCGAGAGUUUGAAUAACAACAACGAGCAGCCCUACGAGCAAUCCUCUAUAAAUCAGGGAUUUUGCAAAAAUUAUGGCACACUCUCACCGCCAUCGCCUGCACUCACCGCGGAUAAUCUCACUUACUCUUGGUACAAUUUGGACGUCUUCGGCGCUGUACAUCAGCCCGGCUCGAGUUGGAAGCAGCUGGUGAAUCGUGUGAAGGGGGUUUUCUGCAAUGAGCGUCAUAUACCCGCGCCGCGCAAACAUCUCUUGAAAAACGUCUCUGGCGUCGCUUACCCCGGUGAAUUACUUGCUGUAAUGGGCAGUUCUGGUGCAGGCAAAACUACACUUCUCAAUGCGAUUGCCUUUCGUUCAUCGAAGGGUGUGCAAAUUUCGCCCUCCACUAUUCGCAUGCUCAACGGUCAUCCCGUUGAUGCAAAGGAAAUGCAGGCACGUUGUGCUUAUGUUCAGCAGGAUGAUCUUUUCAUUGGUUCGCUCACCGCACGUGAGCAUCUUAUCUUCCAGGCAAUGGUGCGCAUGCCACGGCAUAUGACACAAAAACAGAAAGUACAACGUGUCGAUCAAGUUAUACAGGACCUCUCGCUGGGUAAAUGUCAGAAUACGUUGAUUGGCGUGCCGGGUCGGGUGAAGGGUUUAUCGGGUGGCGAGCGUAAGCGACUGGCAUUCGCCUCGGAAGCGUUAACCGAUCCGCCGCUAUUAAUUUGCGAUGAACCUACCUCGGGUUUGGACUCGUUCAUGGCACACAGCGUCGUACAGGUGUUGAAAAAGCUAUCGCAGAAAGGCAAAACUGUUAUAUUGACCAUACAUCAACCAUCCUCGGAGUUAUUUGAACUUUUCGACAAAAUAUUACUUAUGGCAGAGGGUAGAGUUGCCUUUCUGGGUACACCCGGUGAAGCGGUGGACUUUUUCUCAUACAUUGGCGCUACUUGUCCAACCAAUUACAACCCAGCAGAUUUUUACGUACAAGUUUUGGCUGUAGUACCAGGUCGGGAAGUGGAAUCACGUGAACGUAUAGCCAAGAUAUGUGAUAAUUUUGCAGUCGGAAAGGUCUCUCGCGAGAUGGAGCAAAAUUUUCAAAAGCUGGUUAAGUCCAAUGGCUUUGGUAAGGAGGACGAAAACGGAUACACAUACAAAGCUUCCUGGUUCAUGCAAUUCCGUGCCGUACUUUGGCGUUCUUGGCUGUCGGUAUUGAAAGAACCGUUAUUAGUUAAAGUGCGCCUAUUACAAACGACGAUGGUUGCUGUUCUCAUUGGACUAAUCUUUCUGGGACAACAAUUAACCCAAGUCGGUGUUAUGAACAUUAACGGCGCCAUUUUCUUGUUUCUGACCAACAUGACUUUCCAAAAUUCCUUCGCUACCAUAACUGUCUUCACCACCGAACUGCCUGUCUUCAUGCGUGAGACACGUAGCCGUCUGUAUCGCUGCGACACUUACUUCUUGGGUAAAACCAUUGCCGAACUGCCGCUCUUCUUGGUAGUACCGUUUCUCUUCACCGCCAUCGCAUAUCCUCUCAUUGGCUUACGUCCCGGUGUCGAUCAUUUCUUCACCGCUCUGGCGCUUGUCACUUUAGUAGCCAAUGUUUCAACUUCCUUUGGUUAUUUGAUUUCAUGCGCUUGCUCGUCGACAUCAAUGGCUCUAUCGGUGGGUCCACCUGUUAUUAUACCAUUUUUGCUUUUUGGUGGCUUCUUUUUAAACUCCGGUUCGGUACCGGCGUACUUUAAAUGGUUGUCGUACUUAUCAUGGUUCCGUUAUGCCAAUGAAGGUUUACUGAUUAAUCAAUGGGCAGAUGUGAAGCCUGGAGAAAUCACUUGCACUCUAUCCAAUACCACUUGCCCAAGCUCCGGUGAGGUUAUAUUGGAGACUUUGAAUUUCUCAGCGAGUGAUCUACCAUUCGAUUUCAUUGGAUUGGCGUUGCUGAUUGUGGGCUUCCGAAUAUCCGCUUAUAUAGCGCUAACUAUGCGCGCACGUCGAAAGGAAUGAGUGGGGAAGGAGGAAUGUCUAGACUAUAAGAUUUUUUGGUUUUAAAUAAUUAGUUUUGUACGAACACGCAUUUAUCAUAUAAUAAAUCGAUAACUUUGGCAA